ACUCAAGUUAUCUCUCUCUCUCUCUCUCUCUUUUUCAUGCAAUUUUUGUGUUUCUCGAACAUCUUAAGCUAACAUUUAUUCCUUUCAUUUAUGUUAUUUUUCUAUUUUUUUGGUGCUUUUUCUCUUCUUCAUCCGUGCGUCAGUCAGAGUACGUGUUCUAGUGGAAUUUCGGAGCUGCGCAUUUUUGAUUGAAGAUUCUAUGAGAGUCCUAUUCUGAAUAUUCCCAUGUCCGCGCCGAGAUAUUGAAGCGAGUUGGGAACUUGGUGAAUUUACUCAAAAUAGUGAUCCAAAUACACACCUAUUUUGGAUAAAUAUUGUCUAAUCCUAUGUUUUAGAAAUAUGAGCAUGGUUGGCAAUAGUUUGGAUCCGGAUGAGGAGUAUGAUGCCUUGUUCAAUAUUCUGGACUUUCCUAUUGAAUGCUUGGAAGGGGAUGAAGUUGCAGCCGAUUGGGAUAGUAGCAAUGCACAAUUUCUUGGGCCUAUUCCUUCUAGUGUGCUAAUGGAGCAACCGAUGAUGUCCAAUGAGGAAUUUAAUGUUCCUAAUUUGUUUCCUCGACCAGUUGCUCCUAUUGCUGCAGCUCCAAAGUUAAAGCAGCUGCACGAGCAUGUUGAUACCUCUAGAUUGUGUAUUCCUCGUCAGAGGAAAUUUGCUAAGGUCCAAGAGUCUGGUUCCUUCCACACUCAAAGCCCUGUUUCGGUUCUUGAAAGCAGUAGCUCCUGCUUGAGAGAAAAGAGCUUGUCUAUCAAAUCUGAACAUGCUGUUCCAGCACGAAGCAGAUCGAAAAGAGUUAGAUAUUCAGGUAUAAACCCGUGGCUUUUGGCAGCACAUGAGCUUUCCACUUCUAAACGGACUUCAAAUGCCGGGAGAAGUACAGAGAAUAGGAAAAGAUUAUUUCUGCAGCCUGUUUCCAUUGAUUUGAUGAGAAAAUCUCCCGAAAAUGUUGAAAACUCAUUAACGGUCCCAGAUCCUGCCCAUCAAGUUAAGAAGUGUGCUCAUUGCCAAUCGACAAAGACACCACUCUGGAGAGAGGGGCCACUGGGGCCAAAGACUCUCUGCAACGCAUGUGGGGUUCAAUAUCGAUCUGGACGUCUAUUUCCAGAAUAUCGACCAGCAGCAAGUCCUACAUUUGUCCCAUCUCAGCACUCGAACUCCCACAGGAAGGUGGUAGAGAUGAGGAGCGGAACUAAACAAUUGAAAGUUAAAAUUGAGAUUGUUGGAGCUCCGGAUCAAAAGCAGCUAACUAAGCACGUCAAGCGAAUGCAGCUGGCCAAGCAUGUUGAUACCUCUAGCUCACUUCAGAGUGCUGGAGCUGCCAAGCAAAGGCAGCUGGCCGAGCUUGUUGACACCUCUAGCUCACUUCAGAUUGCUGGAGCGCCCAAGCAAAAGCUUCUAGCCAAGUAUGAUGAUGCCUCAAGCUCACUUCUGAUAGCUGGAGCUCCCAAGCGAAAGCUGCUAGCCAAGUAUGAUGAUACCUACAGCUCGCAAAUUCCUUUGCAGAAUAAAUUGGCCAAGAUUCAAGAAUCCGGUGCCUCCUGUACUCAGAGUCACGUCUCACUCCUCCAAAGCAGUAGCUACGUCAGAUACAGAUCAAAAUACGUUGAACCUGCAGGUGUAAACCUGGGGUUUCUGCCAUCACCCUGCAAAAAGGCUUCAAGUUCCAUGAGAGGUAAAGAGAAUAGGAAGAAGUUAUUUAAGGUGCCUGUUGCUUUUGGUGUCAUGAUAAACUCCCCCGAGAAAGACGGUGUCUCGUUGGACGUCUCAGAUCCUGCACCUCUGCAAAAUGCUUCAAAUUCCAUGAAAGGUAAACAGAGUAGGAAAAGGUUACUUCAGCUGCCUGUUGCUGUUGAUGUCAUGAAAAGCUCCCCCAAAAAAGAAGAUGCCUCAUUGGACGUCUCAGAUCUUGCGCGUCUGCGAAAUGCUUCAAACCCUUCUUGCCCUGCAGUUGUUAAGAAGUGUUCUCAUUGUCAGUCAUCGAAGACACCACAAUGGAGAGAGGGACCAUUAGGGCCACAGACACUCUGCAAUGCAUGUGGGCUCCGAUACCGGUCUGGACGUCUACUCCCAGAGUAUCGGCCAGCAGCAAGUCCUACAUUCAUGCCAUCGCAGCAUUCGAACUCCCACAAGAAGCUCGUGCAGAUGAGAAUUAAAGCUAUGAAGUUGACUGCUGAUAUCUAGGUAGUUCUCACAUCCCCACGCCCAGAUUUUGUUUGCCUUGAGUAGUAGCUAUUUGCUGGCUUAUAUACUGAGAAUGAUGCUGCUGUCUCAUGCCUGUUGAGGCGCCGAUUUUUGUGCUAAUUUUGUGUUAGGAGCGUGCAUGGAAAUGAAGAGUGAGUGUCGAGUAGGGUAAAUAUUGAGCUAGGAUGAAAUAAUUCUAACUAGAUUAGCUCAGUUUUUGAAAAGUUUCAGCUGUCCUAUCCUAUUUAGAAACUUAGAAGUUAGCUGUUGGAAUCUUGAAACUGCUGUGGUAUCAAAAUUGAAGUAACUGAGUUUAAGUAAGAGGAUUUUUGGCUGCAAA